UUGGGUGACAUAAAAGUAAAUUGUCUGCUGUAUGCUGAUGAUGCAGUGCUUAUUGCACCAUCAGAGGCAGAACUGCAGGCAUUAGUCACGUGUAUGAAAGAGGAAUGUGAAAUUAAAGGUCUCCGUUUGAAUGCUAAUAAAACUAAGUUUCUGGUAUUUGAAAGGGACGAAGAGAGAACGAAGUCGCGCCUAUCCGAUGUUACCUGUCCAAAUAUCACUAAUGAGAUCGAUGAAAAGGAUGAGGAUGAGUCUUCAGAGUUGGAAACGGAAGUGACGGUUUCUGCUGGAAAAGAUGACGUGGAUACCGAGCACGUAGCAGAUACGCAAUGUCCCAGCGAGACUGUACCAGACCCCGCCACUCCUCAACAACCACCGCCACCGUCGCGGCCAGUGACCCGUUCCAGGCGAAUCCGAAAACCCGUAAUUAAAUUCCAAUGUUAG